AAGGACUGAGCCAGCACCUCACAAAAGGCACAGGAGAAACCUGCUCUGAUCCUGCCUCUGCUUAUCCCUGUCCAGGAUGAACAUCUCCACACUCUGCCUCUCCAUCAUCCUGGUUGCUGACCUCUUUUCUCAGGCCCUUCCUGCUCCAUUGGGGUCUGACAUGGCUUUAUGCUGCUUCAGCUACAUCUCACGAAAGCUGCCUCAGAGUCAUGUGCAGGAGUAUUUCUACACCAGCAGCAAGUGCUCCCAGCCAGCAGUUGUGUUUGUGACCAGGAAGAAGCGGGAGGUCUGUGCUAACCCUGCUGCCAGGUGGGUGAAGGAAUAUGUGAACAGCCUGGAGCUGCAGUGAACACUGGAAGCUGAGAAGUUCUGCCAGACCACCUGUGAGAGCUUGGCACAGACCUAGAAAUGCUACUGCCAAGCACCAGGACCUGCUGAGCCACCUUGGGACCCUGGAAGUUUGUUUUGCCUUGCAAAGGUGUCAUUUAUCCACAAUAAUUCAGCUACACUUAGGGCAGAUGUGAUGCUGAAGACCUCCCGGCCUUGCAGACCCAUCUUGGGGUGCCCUGCUAUGUGAUGUGGCUAAAUUGAGCCCCACCUUGUGCUUCCACUGCUAGAAUGGGAGGGGGAUUUCAGCCCAGAGCUAUCUGUGGGUUGGAAUUAGGUCUGAGUGCUGUUUUAUAAGCCCAGGAUGAGUUUUCCCCCUGAAUUUUGUAACGGUGCAGUAGAUGCUGUGAGUAAGAUCUGUCCCUAGAGAAGAAGUGGUACCCUAGUUACUUACAGGAUGCUUGUUGGAGAGCCACAGUGUUUAGCCUUAUUCUCAAACUGCUGU